UAUUUUGAAAUCCUUUCUCACUGUCUAUGGUAACACCGUUGCUUCUGCUGUAAUCAGAUGCCUGGCAUUAACCGUUAAAACGGCGCAGCUGGCGUUGCUUGCUGUUAGCUUAAAAUGCCACUAGCAUUUCAGUAAGUCUGUUAGGCGAUGUUGUGAGUGAAGCUGCUCCGUGGCGCUGUGGUGCCCCUUAUCAAGUGGUUUACCUUUUCACUUAAGUCCUUGUUUUACAGGCUUACUUUACCGAUUGUAGACGCUAAGAUGGCACACACUAGGGCAAUGGAAAACGCAUCCGUGGAGGAUUGCUCAGCCAAGCAAGGUUCUAGUGUCUGCUUGCGAAGUCGACCAAGCUCCAGCGAGAGAGACAGUCAGUGUUAUAGCAACCUGUACUGAGACAAUACAGCGACAGUUUGGUCGUCAGGGCAAAGCCAACGUGACUGCCAGCAGCUGGUGCUUUUAUGUAACGCAAAUGUUUCACCUGUCAGUUCAAGACAACACAGAUGGCAGGUUCUUUGCCCUGACCUCACUGCGCCUGCUGUUCCUGUUGGCUUCUGGUCUGGCUGUGCUUGUCUGUGUUGAUACCUGGAGAAAUAAGAUCUGGCCAAAGAUUAGAGUCAGAAAAGUGGAUGAAUCAGAAAAUGAGAGCUGGGGUCUGGUGCAGCCUGGGGUCCUCAGUGUGCCUGAACUGUGCCACCACAUGGCGGAGGCCUGGGUCAGUGUCGUAAUUUUCUCAUCCAGUUUGAUGCAGUACAAACAACAUAAUCCUGGCAAGUUUUGCAUCUUGACGUGUGCAGUGUUUGCCAGUUUCGCUAUGGUUGGACGCUACAUCCCUGGAUUGGUGCUCUCCUACUUGGUUGUGUUGGCUGCUCUCCUGGCCCCUCUGGGAGCCUAUCACAGGGUGUUUCACCGUGUGUGCGUGAAGCUGGAGCCGGCCCUGCAGUGGCUGGACUUCAGUGUUAAUGGAUACAUGAUGUCAAAGCCCAUUGAUAAUCAGUUCCUACGGAGGCCAAUCCACGGUGCAGCCUCGGGUGAAGCCAGCGACAGUGAGGAGGAGUUGGCUGCUUUCUGUCCAACAUUUGACGAUGCUGUUGUUGCAAAGGAGCUGGCGCUGACUGACUCUGAGCACUCUGAUGCCGAAGUGUCCUACACUGAAAAUGGAACUUUCAACCUAUCUCGUGGCCAGACCCCACUCACAGAGGGCUCUGAGGAUUUUGACAGACACAGUGAUGCUGAGGAGUCCUUUGCUCAAGACCUCCCAGACUUCCCCUCCAUAAAUCCCGAUGCUACUCUGAUGGAUGAUGACGAUGACACAAGCAUUGGUCUGCCAAGUCUUGGUCCGUCUGGGCUGGGUAGUCACCGGGCUUCAGUGCUGGAUGUAGAUACUCAUCUGGACUCGGACCAGGAGGAUCUGGAUGCAGAACUUUCUCUCAGUGGAAUGCCACCUGCCUCUGAUUUGGCUGGUGACUUGGCCGGAGUCAUCGCCAGCAACAUGAUCCAGGCAGCGCUGAUGGGGGCGAUGCAGCCUCGGCCCCCUGCUACUCAGCGCAGAGAAGGUUCUUCAAGGGCCGCAGCCCACCGAAGCUACCGCAAGCAGUCCAGCUCCGAGCUGGACACAGACUUGGACGGAGAGGACUUUGAAAUGCUGGAUCAGGCUGAACUGAACCAGAUGGAUCCCCUUGGAGGAGGAGGAGGAGGAGGAGGAGGAGGAUUAGGAGGAGGGGGUACUAGACAGGGAGAGAGCCAGGGGUCUAACUUCUUGUCUAGCCUGCUGGGCAAACCAUAGUAAGGUGUGUGUGUGUGCACACGAGUGUCUGUAUGAGUUCAUGGACAGUGUACGUGUUGAUGAGCUGCGACUGUGUGUGUGUGUGUGUGUGUGUGUGAGAGAGAGACAGAUGAUUUUAGGUUCCAGCAGCCCUGUUUCUGAUUGGCAUCAGUUUAUCACUGUGAAGGAUUUUAUUUUUUUCUGUCUUUUCUCCAUCCUUUGAAUUAAAGAAUUUCCCUUCGGGGAUAAAUAAAGGAAUUCUGAAACCCCAACCAUCCAGAAAACCUUUACUUUGUAGGCUGAGCAAUAGGAAAUGCAACAACAACAAAAAUAAACUACAUUCAAACAUUGAAUCAACCAGCAUUAUUGAGCCUUGUUACUGUCUUGUAACUUUAUGCACUCAAAAGUUACAAGGGUACUUGUUAGUGAAUAUAAAUUAAUAAAAACAGCAGUGCCCAUAAAAUCUUUUCUACAUGGAGGUCUACACAUACAGGGCUAUUCAACAUGGGACCAAAUAUGACAUUCCUGUCAGUUGAGCUGAGCCAUGUUGCUUUUAGAAUGACAUUGAUGUUGAAGUUCUUUUAGUCAUUGGAAUGAUCUUUUGUUCUACCGCUUUUGGUCAAAGGAAGAGCACUUCAUGUUGCCGGUGAUGUUAUUGCUCUGCUGUCCUUUCAAGUAAUGCGGCUGAGAGCUGUUAGAAGAUGAUUUGUUUAAUGUUACAGAGAUUUGAUGAACAUUUUCUUGUCAGCGGGUGUGGAUUUUGACAGCGAUUCCCUUUUAUGAUUAAGUUGAAUAGUAUUUGGAUACAUGUUUUCAGUUGUUUCUCUGCAUGGUUUUCUUUUACUUUUUUCUUUUCAUUUUCUGCUGUCUAACAUAUGAAGACAUUUUCAUGCAUUCUUUGGAAUUCAUUCUCUUUAAAGAUUGUCACUUUUCAGUCUUAAAUUCUGGACCUGGAAGAACACUUGAUGUUAUGUUUGUUGUUCAUUGUUAUUAUGAUCUUGUGCUCCAGGUUUGCUUUUCUUCAGAAGUUCAGAAUGAUUUCAAUUUUCUUGCGCUUUAAUACAGUUCGAUAACAUAUUGUGUCCGUGUUUAAUACCUUGAAUGAGGCCCCAGCUUUGUGUGUUUUACUUUUUCAAAAGUAAUAUUUAAACAGAGUUCUUUAUCUUUUGUAUUCAUUAAAUAUUCUUUAAUUCAUGGAGCUUUUUCUACGUUAAUUAGCAAACAUGUUUACAUGAAAAUUUGUUAUCAAAACUUUUCCUUACAUCCUUUUUUUGAAAGUGUUAGUAUGUAAAGGUGUAACGUGGCUUUAGCGUGCUGGUCAAUCUGAUUUCAUUUUGGACAAACUGUGUCCAACCAUGUUAAAACCUCACAGCAGAAAAGGCACUUAUAACUUAAAUGAGCCUCAGUUUAGAUUUAUUGAAAUCCAAUUAUCAAAAAGUCUAAAAAUGCUGAGUUUUUUAAUAGAGGAAAAUGAGAUGAAAAUCAUAGCCACAAAAGAUUUAGCACAAUAGAAAAAAAAAAAACCUGCUGGAUUCACAUUCAUGGAGAUGAAGUAGAAAAAAAUGUGCACUGACAGGAAAUUGCUGGGAUUUUGAGGCUAUUAAAAGAGAGGACAGGAAGUUAGUCUCAGCUGUCUGGAGACCUCAAUUCACCAUGAAGAGUCAGUUCCUCAGUGUGAGUGAUCUGUCUUCAGUUUGACAGUGUAAUGUGCAUAUUAGUGUAUUUUCUUCUCUGUAACUGGUUUUGAUAUAUUUUGAUGUGAAAAUCAUAUUGAAUAAAAUGUUUACGUAUAA